AUGACCGCCGUGCCUCCAGCUUCUCCACCUUCUCCGGCCGCCGGUUCACCUGGAGGAGCCGCCGCCGCCGAGAACGCGAGUCCGGGAUCCAGCAGCUCCAACACGGCCGAAGGCGGCAACCAGGACAGCACGUUUGAAUGCAACAUUUGUCUGGACACCGCCAAGGAUGCCGUCAUCAGCCUUUGUGGACACCUCUUCUGCUGGCCUUGUUUGCACCAGUGGUUGGAGACAAGACCCAGCAGACAAGUGUGCCCUGUGUGUAAGGCUGGCAUCAGCAGGGACAAAGUGAUCCCCUUAUAUGGGCGCGGAAGCACCGGUCAGCAGGACCCCAGAGAAAAAACACCGCCGCGACCACAAGGCCAAAGGCCUGAGCCAGAAAACCGUGGGGGCUUCCAAGGAUUCGGAUUUGGGGACGGAGGUUUUCAGAUGUCCUUUGGAAUCGGUGCUUUCCCCUUUGGUAUUUUUGCCACCGCCUUUAACAUAAACGACGGCAGACCCCCACCAGCUGCCCCGGGCACCCCGCAGCACAUGGACGAGCAGUUCCUGUCGCGACUCUUCCUCUUUGUGGCGCUGGUCAUCAUGUUUUGGCUCCUCAUAGCGUGA